AUGGGUAUCACUCGACGUGCAAAAGAUAAGGCCGCGCGGGCCGAGCGCUCUGGCGGCGGGGGCGGCGGCUCAAGCAAGCCCAAGAAGGCAACGUUCGAUACUACAAAAAAGAAGGAGAUUGGCGUGUCGGACUUGACGCUGCUGCGGACGGUGUCUAACGAGGCCAUCAACGAGAAUCUGAAGAAGCGUUUCGAGGGCGCCGAGAUCUACACCUACAUUGGCCAUGUCUUGGUUUCCGUCAACCCCUUUCGCGACCUCGGCAUCUACACCGACCAGGUCCUCGACAGCUACCGGGGGAAGAACCGUCUGGAGAUGCCCCCACACGUCUUCGCCAUUGCCGAGUCCGCCUAUUACAACAUGAAAGCGUACAAGGAGAACCAGUGCGUGAUUAUCUCGGGCGAGUCCGGUGCCGGCAAGACCGAGGCGGCCAAGCGCAUUAUGCAGUACAUCGCCAAUGUGUCGGGGGGAGGCGAGACGGGUGAUAUUCAGCAAAUCAAGGACAUGGUAUUAGCUACUAACCCCUUGCUCGAAUCGUUUGGCAACGCGAAGACGCUGCGGAACAACAACUCGUCACGCUUCGGCAAGUAUCUACAGAUUCACUUCAACGCCCAGGGCGAGCCGGUCGGCGCCGACAUCACAAACUACCUUCUCGAGAAGUCGCGGGUGGUGGGCCAGAUUGUCAACGAGCGCAACUUCCACAUCUUCUACCAGUUCACCAAGGGAGCGUCGCAACAUUACCGCGAGACCUUUGGUAUCCAGAAGCCCGAGACGUACAUCUACACCAGCAGGUCCAAGUGCUUCAACGUCGACGGGAUCGACGACUUGGCCGAAUACCAGGAUACGCUUAAUGCCAUGAAGGUUAUUGGACUCUCGCAGGCAGAGCAGGACAACAUCUUCCGGAUGCUGGCCGCCAUCCUUUGGACCGGUAACCUCGUCUUCCGCGAGGAUGAUAACGGAUAUGCGGCUGUGUCGGAUCAGUCGGUUGUGGAUUUCUUGGCUUACCUCCUCGAAGUCGACCCGGCCCGCCUCGUCCACGCCAUCACGAUCCGCGUUCUCACACCGAGGAACGGGGAGGUGAUCGAGUCCCCCGCCAACGUGGCCCAAGCGACAGCGACCAGAGACGCUCUCGCCAAGGCCAUCUACUACAACCUAUUCGACUGGAUCGUGGAACGAGUAAACCAGUCUCUGAGGGCGCGGCAGGCUGCCGCCAACUCGAUCGGUAUUUUGGACAUUUACGGUUUCGAGAUUUUCGAGAAGAACAGCUUCGAGCAGCUGUGUAUCAACUAUGUGAACGAGAAGCUGCAACAGAUCUUCAUCCAGUUGACCCUGAAAGCGGAACAAGACGAGUACGCGCGGGAGCAAAUCAAGUGGACCCCUAUUUCCUACUUCGACAACAAGAUCGUGUGCGACCUGAUCGAGUCCGUCAGGCCGCCCGGUGUCUUCUCCGCCAUGAAGGAUGCGACCAAGACGGCCCAUGCGGACCCCGCUGCUUGCGAUCGCACAUUCAUGCAAAGCAUCAAUGGCAUGUCGAAUCCCCACCUGACCCCUCGACAGGGUAACUUUAUCAUUAAGCACUACGCCGGCGACGUCACGUACACAGUCGACGGUAUCACGGAUAAGAACAAGGAUCAGCUUCUGAAGGGCAUCCUCAAUCUCGUCCAGGGCAGCCAGAACAAGUUCCUCCACGAUAUCUUCCCCCAACAGGUGGACCAGGACAACCGGAAGCAACCUCCUUCAGCGGGCGACAGGAUCAAGACUUCUGCCAACGCGUUGGUGGAGACACUAAUGAAAUGCCAACCUUCCUACAUCCGAACCAUCAAGCCCAACGAGAACAAGUCGCCGACCGAGUACAACGUUCCUAAUGUUCUCCACCAGAUCAAGUAUCUGGGUCUCCAAGAAAACGUACGCAUCCGGCGUGCUGGCUUCGCCUACCGCCAGUCGUUCGAAAAGUUUGUCGAUCGGUUCUUCUUGCUCUCUCCCGCGACGUCGUACGCUGGCGAGUACACCUGGCAGGGUUCCUACGAAGCUGCCGUUAAACAGAUCCUCAAGGACACGAGCAUCCCCCAGGAGGAAUGGCAGCUCGGCGUGACGAAGGCCUUUAUCAAAUCGCCCGAGACCCUGUUCGCGCUAGAGCACAUGCGAGACCGGUACUGGCACAACAUGGCGACGCGUAUCCAGCGUAUGUGGCGAGCCUACCUCGCGUACAGGGCCGAGUCUGCGACGCGUAUCCAACGGUUCUGGAGGAAGAAGCGGACCGGCGCUGAGUACCUCCAACUCCGGGACGAUGGCCACAGGGUGCUCCAGGGCCGGAAAGAACGCAGGCGGAUGAGUAUACUAGGCUCCCGGCGCUUCCUCGGCGACUAUCUCGGGAUCAACGCGAGCACCGGCCCCGGAGCGCAGAUGCGGAACGGCAUGCAGCUAGGGAACAACGAACGAGCCGUCUUCUCCUGCCGUGGUGAGGUUCUCGAGGCAAAGUUUGGUCGGUCCAGCAAGCCCAGUCCCAGAACCAUUGUGGUCACCAACAACAAGUUUUACGUCGUGGCUCUGGUGAUGGGCCAAAACAACCAGCCCCAGGUCAUACUUGAGCGUUCUUUCCCAUUGGGGGCAAUCAAGUUCAUUAGCACAUCCACAGCGCGGGACGACUGGUUCUCCCUGGGCGUGGGGUCACAGCAAGAGGCUGAUCCGCUGCUGAACUGUGUUCUCAAAACGGAGAUGUUCACGCAGAUGAAGAGGGUAAUGCCAGGCGGGUUCAACUUGAAAAUUGGAGACACUAUCGAGUAUGCAAAGAAGCCUGGUAAAAUGCAACUCGUCAAGGUCCUAAAGGACGCGCCGACUCCGCAUGAUUUCUACAAGAGUGGCGCGGUACAUACACAACAGGGAGAGCCGCCAAACUCGGUCUCGCGGCCAACGCCCAAGGGCAAGCCCGUCCCCCCGAGGCCGAUCACCCGGGGCAAGCUGAUCAAGCCCGGCGGUCCGGGCGGCAGGCCCUCAAGGGUUCCUGUCAACCGCACGCCCCAGCCCCGGCCGUCGGGCGCUUCCGCGGCGACCACAUCAAGGCCAGUCCCGCAACCUCAUCCGGCGGCGGCGGCGGCAGCGGCGGCGUCCGUUAGCAUCCCCUCCCACACCCGGCAGAAGUCCAACUCGUCGGCCGUCCGCGCGCCUCCCCCUCCGCCCCCUGCCGCGCCCCCCGCGAAGCCAAAGAUCAUGGCCAAGGUCCUGUACGAUUUUGCCGGCCAACGAGAAAAUGAGCUGUCCAUUCAGGCGGGCCAAGUGAUCGAAAUCGUCCAGAAGGAGAACAACGGCUGGUGGCUCGCGAAGCUUUCCGGGGGACAGGCGUGGGUGCCGGCGGCGUACGUCGAAGAGCAAGAAGCGGCGCCGGUGCCGGCCCCUCGGCCCCCGCCGCCCCCGCCGGCAGCCGCGAACGGGGCGCGCGCGAAGCCGGCCGCACCGCAACCCCCGGCCAAGCGCCCGGCGGCGGGAAGGAAGCCGGCCGCGCUGCAGGGCCGCGAUUCGGCUAUGAGCAUGAACGGGUCGGAUAGCAGCAGGAGCAGCACGCCCACGCCGAGCCUGGGCGGGAGCUUGGCAGAUGCGCUGCUCGCGAGGAAGAACGCCAUGGCGAAGAAGGAUGAUGAUGAUGACUGGUAG